CUCGAUUAGUUUGAAGUGAGCCUUCGCUGUUAUUUUACAUUUCAAGCUUUUGCAGUUGUUUUAUGAAAUGUCCUCUCUAAUCAUAUAAGUCUUUGAAACUGUGAACAGGAGAUACUUCGUUUUAAUGUUUUAUGUUUCGUGUGUGUUGAAUCUGCUGAGUCAAAUCUUAGAACUAAAAUAUGCUAGGUAGCUCGCUAGUUAUUUAUAUGUUGUAAGGCGCAGCUGGGAAGUCUUUUUGUUUUAUUGUCGCUAAGAGAAUACCAGUAAAUAAUCACGGUGUUAAGUAUUAUUUAUGUUUUAAAUCGUUGACUAAUCAGUGACAAGAAAAUGUAGUAGACGUCCAUUAGCUAGGUUUAGCGAAAUGCCUUCCAUUGCUUUAGCUAGUUGUUACAUGCUCUCGUUGCCCUUUACUAUUUACAGCUAGCUAGGAUAUGUGUACAUACAUGUAGCCUGUGGCUAUCUGUGUAUUAAUAGCUGACAGUAACCGUCCUAGCUGCUAGUCUUAAUAGAUUAAUAGUUACACUGUUUUGCGGAAAUGGAUACAAAUGUGCAGAAAAGAAGAGAGAAUAAAAAGUCGCUGCGGGUUAAGGUUAUCAGCCUUGGGAAUGCAGAGGUUGGAAAGAGUUGCAUUAUUAAACGGUACUGCGAGAAGCGAUUUGUACCCAAGUAUCUGGCCACAAUCGGUAUAGAUUAUGGGGUGACCAAGGUUCAAGUGCGAGACAGAGAAAUAAAAGUAAACAUUUUUGACAUGGCAGGACAUCCGUUCUUCUAUGAGGUGCGUAAUGAGUUCUAUAAAGACUCACAAGGGGUGAUCCUGGUGUACGACGUGGGACUGAGAGAGAGCUUUGAUGCCCUGGACAGCUGGCUCACAGAGAUGAAGCAAGAGAUGGGCUCACAAGCCAACAUGGAAAGCAUUAUUUUUGUUGUGUGUGCGAACAAGGUUGAUUUGACUAAAAGACGUGUGGUGGAUGAGAGUGAAGGCAGACUGUGGGCAGAAAGCAGAGGUUUCCACUACUUUGAGACAUCUGCUCAGAGUGGUGAAGGCAUUAGUGAAAUGUUUCAGGCCUUUUUCUCCUCCAUAACUGAUAUGUGUGAGAAUGGAGGGAAGAAGCCUGCACCAGAGGUGAGCAUAGGCUUCACCAAAGAGCAAGCUGACACCAUUCGACGUAUUCGCAACAGUAAAGACAGCUGGGACAUGCUGGGAGUUAAGCCUGGGGCAACAAGGGAGGAAGUCAACAAGGCAUACAGGAAGCUAGCUGUGCUACUACACCCAGACAAAUGUGUGGCACCAGGCAGUGAGGACGCCUUUAAAGCAGUGGUCAACGCUCGAACAUCCCUGCUCAAGAAUAUCAAGUAGGAGCAUAUGCAAAUAGACACAUCCACAUGCAGAAAAACAUCACUUUACAAGUUAUUCUCCCUCUGCCUUUACCAAAAGAAAGAUCCUACCUGAGAAUCAUAUCAUGCAUUUCCUAUGCCACCUAAACGCUUUCACUGUUUGGUGAAAGUUUUUUUUUUCCCCUUCAAGUUUUUUCUUUUCUUUAACUUUUUGUGCUUAAUAAACAUGCAGUUAAAACCCCAUUUGAAUGCACACUUGUUACUAGAUAUUUAAAUAUUCAUUUUUGGAUUAAAAAGGCAUAAAUACCUCCAAAAUUACCAACUUAACACAGAACUUUGUUUUAUCCAAGAAUAAGAAAUGUCAGAAAACUAUGGUUUAUAUCAGUUCUUCAUCUAAUUAUACAUCAAUGAGUUUCUCUCUGCUAUAAGAGGAUCAUCAUCACGUUGCUGCUAUAACUUCUUCUUCAGGCCUAAUAAGUGAGAAUUACACGAACACAGUAUGUGAAAAUGGACAUAUUACAUUACUUAUUCUCAUAAUGUGGCCUGUAUGUUUGUGCCAGAAGUUGGCACAGGGAUAUGGAGAAGCAAUGUCCUUAUACUGCAUUUACACUGCUCCGGCACGUCAACACCCAUUUAUCCUAUUUGUUUUCAACGGGAAGCAUUGUUUCCGUCAGACACAGCCACUUGGUGCAUGAUGGGUCCUACUUGUCAAGUAUAGGGAAGCACUGAAAAGUUGAGCAGGGCUGAACUUUAUGCAAAUGAAUCCGGCCAAUGCAAUGCAUCUGUCCAAUCAGGAGGCAGCUAGUGUUUGCAUGAUUCAUGUCUGCAGCAAGGUAUGCAACAUUGGUUCCGUUUUUCAAAUGUUGCUACACGGCACAAAAUACCAGCAGUGAGAGCUAAUGUAUAUUUAAACACGACUGUUUACCUCCAAAAUUUUAAAUCCGGUCGGAAAAUGGUUGGUUGCAUGUUAAUAGACUGAAAUACCUGAUGUUGAAUGCAAGUGGUAAUCAGUGACUUAAAUCCUAAUUGGUCUUUAAUGUUUUUAAUUCUAACAAACUGAGGCGGAGAGGAUGCGUUCACGUCCAUCGACACACCAGAGCAGUGCAAAUGCACCAUUGGGGUUGCACCACUUGCCCUCUGUUAGGGCUUAGCUCUAAUGUGUUAGAUAGUGACAACACUAGACCAAGACUUGGUUAUCAUACUUGAUUAUCAUAGAUUGACAGAUACAACAGGAAGACUGCUAGAUCUCAGUCAUUUUUAUGAUUUGCCCCCAGAAUAACCCCAGAGAAAGUUUAGUUUUCCUGCUAAUCUUCUUUAUUUUAUGUCCCUCCUAAUUAUAUUAAAAGACCAUCAUUGCUUUGUCAUCAAAAACAUACAUUUUAGAUCAUUAAUGUUUUUUCUUACUGUAUGAAAACAUCCGAAUCAGCUUUCCUGUUGCAGAACAGUGUGUAAUAUUUAUUAUAAUUUGAGUCAUGGGACAUUUACUGAGUAAAUAUGCUUUUAAAAAUCAUUAAACUGCUGUUCAGAGACAAUCUGAUGAUUGUUUUUGCAGAUAAUGUCAUUUGUUAUGCUUUUUUACUCAUGGGGCAGAUAUUACAAGUUGUGGUGCCAAGUGUGAUUUAUUGUUAUGUUUAUGUAUGAAUGGACAGGCUAAUGAAGCUUUACAAUACACUGUGUUAUAUGUAGAGAUGCUUAAUGCAAAGUCUCUUUGCAUGGAUAGUAUGAUUUGUAACAUGUAACAUUUGUUUACACAGCUAAAAAUUAUAAAGUCACAUCAUUUGUAAUGUCAUAUUUUAAUACAGUAUGGAUUGUGGUUCCUCAGCCAUUAUACUAAGAGGCGAAAGAGUUUUGUUUACACAAACACAUGCAUGUAACAUGAUAAACCUACAAUGGAUUAGUUCUUAGAAUGUUUAGGUUGUUGUAGAGGAUGUGACCAGAGGAAUUUAUUCAUCCAGGAACUGAAUUUCAUCUCCAUGUUUUCAUUGUGGAUAUUUACUAAUAUGUUUAAACUGAGUAAUGUUUUACUAUAGUUUCUUUAAAUGUAAAUUUUCUCUAAAAACGUGCGGGUUGUAGCUUUAAUCGUCAGUUUUAAGAUGGCAAAGAUGUUCAGAAAAGUGUGUAGAUGUGCCAACACUGGUUAUGACAACAAAUGUCAAUUUACAUCUAGGUUAUCACUGUUACACAACUGUGUAUCAUAUCUUGCAUGAUAUUUAAGAACUUGUAUUUUUAUAUGACUUGUGAGAGAUAUAUAAACUAUACUCCUUUGAUGUGAGUGUUCAUGUGCAAUGUAACUGUAAUGAAUAUUUUUACCACAUGUAUUUAUUUGCAUAUACUUACCAUUCAUUUAGUUAAGUAUUCAUUUAUUAUGAGUACUUAUUCUGAAUUUUUAAGCAUUUUGUGGGCAUUGGAUAAUGUAUUGCCUUGUUUGCCCUUUUGGAGUAUUUGUGCUCUUGUUUCUAUUCAGUAUAUUUAGCGUUUUAAUACAAAUGAAGUGUUGGUACCUAUAAAUGGUUGCUAACUUUCUGUGGUAGAACAAAAUCUGAAGUUUAUUAACUAAAUUUGAUUUCCUUAUUGUUUUUGUCUGAAAACAUCUACAGGCCUUUUUCUUUCACUUUCAUUCACUUGACAACUGAUUAGUAAGGAUAUUAAAGUGAAUUAAUAGCAUGGGAGGACGGCAUGCUUAAUCAAAUGUCUUUAAUGAUAUAAAACUGGACAGUGCAAAACUAUAUUGCUUGAGAUGAAAUCUUAUUUCGCUACUCUGUGGGAGAAGGUUUUCAGAACUUGUCUUUUUGCACCACAUUCACUUUUUCCAUUUGAAUUUUAUAAUAAAAGAACAAUUACAAUG